UCCCCAUUUCGCAAUAACUAGGACACGUAUGUUUGUUCGUCGGUGUUAUAAGAGCCGUUUACUGAUUUAGUCGUCAUAUCGACAUGGAGAUCUUGGGGCUUGUGGACGUGCCGCUGUCUCUCCUCCUGUGCUUGGCGGCCACAGUGCUGAUAUACAUAUAUGGAACAUGGAACUACAAUUACUUCAAGAAACAAGGCAUCCCGGGGCCACAACCAACGUGUUGUAUUGGAAACACUGGUCCGAAUCUCGGACAUGAUCUGUAUGCCUGGAGUAAGCGAUAUGGGACUGUUUUUGGAAUCUUCCUUGGAAGGACUCCCGCCUAUAUUAUUGCUGAUCUGGAAAUUCUGAAAGAGGUUAUGGUCAAGAGUUUUGACAAUUUCAGAAACCAUAGGAUAUUUUCAGUACCCUACCCCUUAAAUUUAGGUGUGGGUUUCAUGGAAGACGCUGCGUGGAAGCGAGUGAGAAAUACCGUCAGUCCUACCUUCACUGCUGUCAAACUGAGGCGGAUCUGUGGGGCCAUCAACGAUUGUGCAAGGACUCUUACAGCAAAUUUCUCCAAAGUCAUGCAGAAAAACGCUGGGGUCAAUGUAAAAGCAUGCUUUGGAGCUUUCUCUAUGGAUGUGAUUUGCCAAGCUGCCUUUGGGAUAAAGGUUGAUUCGCAAACAGAUUUCAACCACCCGUUUGUCGUUCAUGCUAUGAGCAUGUUCCGACCAACAAAACUUGCAUUGGCAUUCUCAGUAUUGUCAGCUGCUGUUCCAGCACUUGAACCAGUCUUCAGUAAGCUCGGCUAUGGAAUCAUUCCACGAAAAUCCGUUGCCUUCUUUGCGACGAUCACGGAUGAAAUGAUGAAACAGCGUCGAAAUGAUAAAACACACCACCGAGAGGGAACAGACUUCCUGCAAAUGAUGAUGGAUGCUUCGAUAGAAGAGGGGAAAGACAACAACAACGAUGAUGGUCAAACGGUCAAACAUUCAGUCAGGCAUCUAUCGACGGAUGAAAUAGUUGCUCAGUGCAUUACGUUCUUUGUCGCUGGUUACGACACUACUGGGACUGCCCUUACCUUCAUAUCUUACAACCUGGCGAAGAACCUGGAUGUACAGGAGAAGGCCUACGGUGAAAUCAAGGAAAUGUUGGGAAAUGAGGAACCAAACUAUGAGAACAUUGGGAAACUGAAGUAUCUGGACAACGUGAUCUCAGAGUCGCUCAGACUCUACCCGCCUGGCUUUGUAUUGGACCGAUGUGUUUCUGAGACCACUCAAAUCAAAGGCCUAACUUUCUCUAAGGGUCAAACUAUCUUAAUUCCUGUAAUGGCUAUACACAGAAAUCCUCAGCUCUACGACGAUCCUGAUUCCUUCAAGCCAGAAAGGUUUGAAGAUCAAGACAAAACUAUUGCCUUCCAAAGUUUCGGAUUCGGCCCCAGGGCCUGCAUUGGGAUGCGGCUAGCUCUUGUUGAGCUUAAAGUAGCCUUGGUCAAUGUUCUGAGGGCCGUGAAGUUUAAUCGUAUGCCCGAAACACCGGAAGUAUUGACGUUUGCACAGAAUCCAACCUUUCUUCAAACAGACAAGGACAUCAUCCUGAAAGUGUCUCCAAGAUGUUGAAAACGGCGCAAAUGCAACGGCAGUUCCAAGAAUGUAUAUGAGAAUAUGUCUCUAAAUUGUGUACAAACCAAUAAUUAUAUAUGCUUUACCACUUUAAAUCAGUGGGCAUCGAAAAGUGAAUGUCUCCCACCUUGAAUUCACUUCCCUGAUGAAGUGUUUUCAGGGAGAAUGAAACACUUACAAUAUUUCCAUGCUAAAAUUGCAGUUGUGGCACAUCUGUAUUGCUUUUAAAUCUUGUUCUCCUCACAGCAAAUCCGAAGUGCUGUAAGAUACUCAGUCCGUAAAGUGAGUGCCAUUGGCUUAACCUGACUCUGUAUUCAAGUUUUAACGCAACGUUUAGGUGAAACUUGAAGUUAUGCAGGUCUCAGGUGUUUAUUACCUUGGUGAAGCAAGACCAGGUAUGACGCUCACACAAUGAGAAUCAUAUUCAGGGACAAUCUUGUAUUGGGACCCUCGACUAUUGUUUGUUGCUUUUUUACCUGACUUUUGGGCGCAAAUUGUACAAUUUCGACUCGUCUGCCCAUGCCCCCGGUAUGAGCCAAUGCCGGCAUUCAAAUGUAUAUAUUUCAAAUACUUUCCUGCUUCUGCAUAAUACUGCAAUUUCUACAUCUCAUUAUAACUUCUGAAUAAACUUUACCUUUAGUUACUGUAAUAAUACAUGCCAGGAAUAGUAAAGGCUAUAUUUCAUUUUUACAGCAAUAGAGACUAGGGCAGUAAUGUCCAGAUAUGUUUCUGUCUAACCUACAGUCGACGCAGUUUUGAAAUUGAGUCUACAUGCGACCAAAGACCAAACGAAACAAAUUUUUCUCAAUUUAUAUAUCUCCCAAACUCUAUGUAAAUAUACGAUUUCUUGCACUCAAAGCAUCGGAUAAUUCCAAAACGAACAUGAGUCUACCGCCGACAGGUAACAUAUACUGUAGAAUUGUACCUAAAUGUUUGGGCUGUUGUUAUGCCAAUGCAAUGGACAUAUUCUGACUGUUUAAACAGGCUUCUGUACAUGUGGUGUAAUAGCUGCAAGCAUCAAGUAUUCAUUUACGCUGAAUAAACAUAACAUUUAAUGCAA